AUGGUGAUAUCGUCGUCUCUUGUCAAUGUGUUCUUGUUCAAGCCACCACCAUCAAGGCCCUAUGACUUUCCUACCAUUGAAUUGACGACCGCACGAGGCCAGAAGAUCGCAGCAACGUAUGUUCGAAGACGAGGCGCCAACGUCACUCUUCUCUUCUCUCACGGCAAUGCGGAAGACUUGAACAGCAGUUACUGGUACAUGGAGCGCAUUGCAAAGACGUGUGAUGUCAACGUCAUGUGCUAUGAUUAUACUGGAUACGGGAGUUGCAAUGAGAGCGAUCCAAGUGAAGAGGAUUGCUAUGCAGACAUUGAUGCUGCCUAUGAGUGGCUACUCAGCGAAAAGAAUCUUGUCCCGGAGCAAAUUGUGCUCUACGGAAGAUCCUUAGGAAGUGGACCUUCCGUUUACUUGGCCAACAGGACAUCGAGGCAAGGAAGACCUGUGGCUGGCCUGAUUCUACACUCUCCCUUUACUUCAGUCUAUCGAGUUGUCUUUGACAUGGGAUUCACCAUGUUGGGAGACAAGUUCUCCAAUAUUGAUCGCAUAUCAGAGUUGGAUUGCAAAGUCUUUAUUGUCCACGGACAAGAGGACACAAUUGUGCCAUGCGAGCACGGACAAGCACUCUUUUCUCUUGUCCCCGACAAAAUGAAGGCAGAACCCUUCUUUGUCAAGGGAAUGGGGCACAAUGGAUUUGAUUUUCAUCUUGAAGUCAUGUUGAUGAAUAGAAUCAAUGCCUUUCUGGACUACCACAUACUUGCACGGAGGCUUUGGAUGAAGGGUAUGAAUACACGCAAAGGUUCCAAGCGAAGACGAUCGCUCGGUUGA